AUGAACGUUACAAACAGCCACAACCACAAUCGCGUCGACUACAACAACAAUCGCGUCAGCCACAACAACCACAUCAACAGCCACAACAACAGCCACAAUAGCCACCUCAGCAACGUCAUCAGCAGCAGCAACAACAACAACAGAAUUCCAAGACCCACAGCACAACAAUCGCUGUCCCUGGAUGUGAUUGGUCGUCGUCAUGGUGGCUGCGAUGGUGACGUCAUACGAAGCAGCGAGUGGACGAGGUUAACUGGCGCGAGGUCCUCUGUUUCUCAGUAUUACUUCAAUCGUGAUAGGUCCAUUAUUAGUAGGUUGGUUCAGUGA